CUGGUGUUUUUGAAACGGCAUAUUUUGCCGUCUGCGAAAUGUCUCGUUGCGCCGAGUCAGUCGGCCUAGACAGCUAUUGUUAUCGCUUUCAUUGCCGAAGCUCUGGCUCUGCGGCCUAGUCAGCCUAGUCAGCCAGCCCCGAGCAGAGGGUUUCAGUGAGUGCGGUAGUGCCACCGGCAUAAAUCCUCGUGAGCUCGCCCGGCUCGCGACCACUCCUCGUGACAUUCAGUCAGUAUUGCCCAGUGCCUGCUCUGUACACCACGCUUCCUGCCUGCCGUGCUAUCUCGCCCGGGCCGCGUUCCAAUUACGGCUUGCUUUCCACGCGUAUAGCUCGGCGGUGGACGUCUCCAUAUCGUAUAAACAGGCGAAAUGUCGAACGUUCUUCCCAAACGUGAGCGGCGGAGGAAAGUGAAGCCCAAGCUCUCGUUUGGGUCUUCGAGCGGAGCGUGUAGUAGCCUGCCAUCUAAUAUGCAAGCCAAUUUGCCCGAACUAUUCGAGCUCCUCAAGGUUCAACACGGCUUGGCCGAAGGCAAACCCUUUCACUCGGAAACCAACGGGUGCUCUUCAGAGUGGUCAUCUCGUAGUGGACAGAGGAAGGCAGAUCCGGAGGAGAGUCGUACGCCUAUCAAGUACAUGGCAAACGGGAUGAAAGAGAAUGGGGGCUUUUAUGCCGGGCUGCAGGAGGCCAUCAUUGCGUCGUCGUCUCCACCGAAGGACACUAGCUUUGCUCUCCCAAAUGGCCUGCAGAGAAAAGCCUUAGGACCAAAGUUAGCCAUCCUAACUGAAGCGGAUAUUGCAGAUAUUGUAAAGAAGCUUCGGGAGUUUCUCCGGGACAAUGGGCCCACUCCCGAGACGGAGCUGUGGGCGGAGCUUGAGGCCGAGACGUCCGCUUCGGUCCGGGCCCAGUUCGGCUCGCUGCGGACGCUCCUACUCCGCCAGCGCGGCUUCUGCCAGGUGGAGGAGGUCCUCGACUCGUUUCUCUACUACGAGGAGGAGGAGGAGGAGGAGGACGUGCCUUCACGAGGUCCCGGACCUCUGGCCCCGCCGCCCGCCAAGGCUGGGCGCACGGUUGGUGCGGGCCUUUCGAGGCCUGGGACCAAAACUGUCAGUCUGAGAGCGGCCAGUUUUGGAUCGACCGGCGGCACUGGCAGCAGCACCUCCUACGAGUCGGCGGAAGACGAGGAGCCGCCACGAGGCAGGGACGUCCAGACGCAGACAGCGGCCCCCCGGACGUCCACCCGCAGCAUGGGCUCUCAGACGGGGCCCCCGACCACCGCAGACUCGUCUGCCCAGACGGAGGGCUUUGACCCGGCCUGGGUGGAGGUUCUCGAGUGCCGUCUCAAGAAGAGGAAUCAAGAGAUUACAGAGCUUCAGGAGAGGCUCGCACUAAUGGAAGAGGAGCACAGGGCUGAAAUGAACAAGAGGAUUGAGAAGCUGCAAUGCAGAUCUCAAAAGCUGCUGGAGCCCGAGCAGCCGCAGAAGCGGCAGCACUGUGCGCCUGCCCCGGAGCGGGAGAUCCACUGCCUCCCCAUCGAGCCCCCGGACGAGCCCUUCGUCGAGCCCAGGGCGCCGCACAAGCCGGCGGAGCGUUGCCCCAUUCCGGACUUCUACGAACUGCAGCUGAAGAUGGAGCGUCAGGGCUCCUCCGACGUGGAGUCGAUGUGGUCGAGCAGCGGCGGAUCACCCUCCAAGACCAAGGCGAGUUCCGACCAAGGCGGGGACCACAAGAUGGAAGAAAAAUGGGACAAGAUAAUAAAGAUGGUCAAAAAAAAGCAACAAUCUUUCACGGAGGAGCAGAUCAAGGAGCACCUGAAGCAGUUCCGCGAGUCCCAGGGCGGCCUCUCGAACAUGAAGUUCAAUGCCAUCGUGGCCGGCGUGCUCGCCCUCAUGAAGAACAGCGCGCCCAAAGCCCCGCUCUCUCCUCGGGAUCGCCCGCUGCGGGGAAAAGCUCCUUCCCGCGAGCGGUCAAACCCCAAAGUAACACGAGAUAAGAACUAAAGAGGGGUCACUCCCCUUCCCCCCCACCACCAACCAGCCGGUGUGCCCACUCGAGGAGCAGCACCACCACAAGGACCCUUGGGGGUCUCUUCCAGCCCUGACCUUUGCCAAGAAGGCAUUAAACCUGCUGUAUUUUUUUAUUUUUUUUUAUAAACAUUUAACAUGUUAAAUAUUUUUUUCGUGAACAGUGGGUUGGCUGUUAACUUCAUUUAAACGGGGUACUUCUCCACCUUGCGUUGGGAUUGUGCGUUCAGGUUAUGCCGAAUUUGUUUGUGCCUCUGUGGCUUGGAAACAAGUACCGUGCGGUCUCUCGAAUGCUUGCAAGCAGCAUUUCUCGUAAAGGCUGCGAUUAGGGCAAUGUACUAGUCCCAGUUUGUCCACUAGCAUUUGUCAGCUCAGUGUCUAGAUUUAACUGGAAUGUGUGCCAACAAAGUGUUUUUGGUGCCACAUUGAGUCUGUGCCUUAUGUGUUGAAGGAAUAAGAGGUAUUUGUGUUAUUUUGUGACGUUGAUACUUUAAAUAAACAAAUUGAGGAAUAAGUGCAAUUGCUAAAUCUGCUCACCCUUUUGUCAAAGGAUGGUUCCCAUAGUUCCGUUUUCUUGCGUUGUUACGGAAGUUUGUCUCUAGUCAGAGACAUCUGUGCUUUGUAAGAAGCGUGGCAGCCAGUUCAAGUAGACUGGCACGCGUCAUUCGAGGCACGGCUGUCCUGGAGAGUGGUAGAGAAUUCAAUUGACUUAUGUAACAAAGUAUAGCUUGAUGAGAAUGGUGGGGCUUCUGAUGCCGAGCCUUCAGCAUGCGCCGCUUUCGGCAGUGCUUUGGAACGUGCUCGAAGCUCACGGGAUGAGUGCCUUCGGGAGUUUUCACCGACGUAAUUUUGUCCCCCAUUUUGAUGUUGCGAGCUGUUUGGGGCGUGCCGAAGGCAAGCAUUCCAAGGAUUUACAUGGCCCCUUAAAUGCGUAGAGCACAGAAGCUUACAAGUCUUACCACUCUGUCAUCUCAACAGUUUGCGAUGUAAUCCUCCAUGUUAGUAAAUUUGUUUGAAAAAACAAAACUAACAACAUAAUGGCGGAUUGACGUCAUGUGAAAACUGCCUAUUGAAGCAAGUGAUGGAAGCAACUGUAAAAGACUCCUCCGUCUUGCUCUUUCAGUUAGCGAUCACACCCCCCACUCGGUCGUCUGCUAGGCACCAAGCUGUGUCCAGAUGGUCAUGAUUGGUUAUCUCGAAAUAACUGUUUCAUAAGGCUGCGAUUCAAAUUGGCGAGUCUCGAAACGUGGCGAGUGGCGAAAGAAAAGGAUUGCAAUAUAUGGGGAGCACUAGAAACAAUCUUUGAUAGAGCAGCGCAAGAAAGCGAUUGACUACGCUUGCGUCCAAGCUCCUCACCAGCAGACCAUAUUCUCUUCCGUCGUAGGUGAAGCGUCCGGGAAUUUAGUUUUUGUCGACAGAGUAUCGAAGGCGCUACUGUCAAUAAAGAAUCUGCCCUUUGAGGCGUUUCCUCUGCCCUU